GAUACAUUGAAGUACACUAAAGAAAGUGCUGCGCUGGUCACCAUCUCACCACCUUUGCGUACAAGAAGACUUCUGAAAGGAGCCGCUGGAGCGAACAAAUCGAUGAAUAUCCUGUAACAUUUCCAGAUAUUGUGAUUGAUCGAGUGGAAUUACGGCUUGUGGUUACUAUGGCAAAGCUCUCUGGAAGACAAUGAACGAGGAAAGAGCAAACAUUACAGCAGACAGACUGCGGGAUUGCCGCUCAUGAGGAAUAUUUACAUUUGCUACUGUCAUAAAAACUGGAAUGAUAUUCGGAUUAAAUCCAGCAAUGAAGGACUGUUAUUCUUUAACAUAGAGCAGAAGAGAAACGCUUUGGAAAUGUAAUUUACACGAGAAGACUUUCUCCAGUAUGUAAUCCUUCAUGUUCUCUCUGAGAUGGAUAAGUAUGAGAAGGUGGCGAAGAUUGGUGAGGGCUCAUAUGGGGUGGUGUUCAAAUGCAGACACAGAGACACGGGUCAGAUUGUGGCCAUUAAAAAGUUUGUGGAGUCUGAAGAUGACCCGGUCAUCAAGAAAAUAGCACUGAGAGAAAUCCGCAUGCUGAAGCAGCUGAAGCAUGUGAAUUUGGUGAACUUGCUGGAGGUGUUUAGGAGAAAGAGACGUCUUCACCUGGUGUUUGAGUUCUGUGAGCAAACUGUUUUGAACGAACUGGACAGACACCCUAGAGGGGUUCCUGAAGCUCAACUUAAGAGCAUUGUGUGGCAAACUCUACAGGCUGUGAACUUCUGCCACAAACACAACUGUAUCCAUCGGGAUGUCAAACCAGAAAACAUUCUACUGACCAAGACGGGUGUGAUCAAGCUGUGCGAUUUUGGCUUCGCUCGCAUCCUCACUGGUCCAGGUGAUGAUUACACUGACUAUGUGGCGACUCGGUGGUACCGGGCCCCGGAGCUCUUGGUGGGAGACACUCAGUACGGCCCCCCUGUGGAUGUGUGGGCUCUGGGUUGUGUGUUUGCUGAGCUGCUGUCUGGAAAUCCUCUUUGGCCAGGACGUUCUGACGUGGAUCAGCUGUACCUCAUUCGACAAACGCUGGGUGACCUGAUCCCACGGCAUCAGCAGGUUUUCCGGUCCAAUGUCUUCUUUAGUGGAGUCAGCAUCCCCGAGCCUGAUACCAUGGAGCCACUAGAGAAGAGAUUUCAAGGUGUUUCUCCUCAUGCUGUUAUUGUCAUGAAGUCGUGUCUGGUCAUGGAUCCCUCUGGCAGACUGUCAUGUGAAGAGCUGCUAGAGCUCCCAUACUUCCAGGAGGAAGGUGGGACUGGUUGGGGCAGAGAAACAGAUCGCCCUGGACGACGCUACGAGAAAGGCUCUAGACGCAGAGCUCCCGGGCCUCAAUACUUUCCACAGCUGACCAACAGCAACAUCUCACCAGCACCUGAACUGAAGAAUAAACACAGGCACAAACAUGACCACCAUCUACCAAACAUCUGACCCCUGCACCAGUGCAACUGUGUUUCUUAGGGCACAUAUGCUUGCAGUGAAUAGCGUGUCACUGGUGCAUUUACUGCAAGCAAACCACACAAGAGCAGAAACUCCAUGCUGUUUGCUGAAGGACUGACAUUUAGACUGUAUUCAUUAACUGUAUUACUGAAGUAGCUUUUGCAACACUUACUGUAUUCAAACUUAACCUGUAUUGAUGAGUUGAUAAAUAGACAUGGGACCUUGUAUUCUGUUUAUGUGCAGGUAUAUGAAAGCAAAAAGAAAAGCUUUCAAAAGCAAUAAUUGUCUGCAUGUUUGAUAUCAGAUAUUAUACAGUUUUGUGUGCCAUCCAGAUAGUAACAUACUGCUUUUGUGU